AUGGGCAUCUUGUUUUGCAAAUGCUUCGUACCUCAAUACAUCGAUUUUGUAGGGCUAGGACAAACUCUUACACAGCAAGUCGUAGCCGUUCACGUAGUCGUUCAGCGCGCUCCAUAUCACGCUCUAGAAGUCGAUCCUACUCUUACUCCUCCAGGAGCCGCUCUCGUUCUUAUAGCAGGAGUCGGUCGCGUUCUUUGUCUUACUCACGUAGCCGUUCUCGUUCACCGUACUCUCGUAGAAGACGUUCUCUGGCAAAUGAACAAGGGUACAGCUUUUAUUGAUUAUGAUACCAGGGCCGAAGCAGAAAAGGCCAUAAGUUAUAUGGAUGGUGGACAACUUGACGGUGCAAUACUCAGCGGAAGGUACAGUUCUCCACCUCCUCCACCUCGACGUUUUGCGGCGAGUAGUUACCGUGCUCGUGGAAGGUCUCCACUGCGACGCUAUUCACGGUCACGAUCUAGAUCCCCUGUACGUCGUAGACGUUCCUAUUCUUAUAGUGAUUCGUAUAGCUCUCGAAGUAGAUCUAGAUCACCGUACUACUCGAGAAGUCGUAGCAGAAGCUAUUCCAUAAGAAGUCGUUCUAAAAGUCGCAGUCGAAGCAAGAGUCGCGGUCGUUAUUAA